CGGCGCAGGCCAGGGGCCGCUCCAACAUGAACCUCGUGGGCAGCUACGCACAUCAUCACCACCAUCACCACCAUCACCAUCCGCACCCCGCGCACCCCAUGCUCCACGAGCCCUUCCUCUUCGGCCCUACCUCGCGCUGUCACCAGGAGCGGCCCUACUUCCAGAGCUGGCUGCUGAGCCCCGCUGACGCCGCCCCGGACUUCCCCGCCGGCGGGCCACCGCCCGCAGCCGCGGCAGCCGCCGCCUCCUAUGGUCCAGACGCCAGGCCCGGCCAGAGCCCCGGGCGGCUGGAGGCGCUCGGCGGCCGCCUGGGCCGGCGGAAAGGCUCAGGACCCAAGAAGGAGCGGAGACGCACAGAGAGCAUUAACAGCGCGUUCGCGGAGCUGCGCGAGUGCAUCCCCAACGUGCCGGCGGACACCAAGCUCUCCAAGAUCAAGACUCUGCGCCUGGCCACCAGCUACAUCGCCUACCUGAUGGACGUGUUGGCCAAGGACGCACAGGCUGGCGACCCCGAGGCCUUCAAGGCCGAACUGAAGAAGGCGGAUGGCGGCCGCGAGAGCAAGCGAAAAAGAGAGCUGCAGCAGCACGAAGGCUUUCCUCCUGCCCUGGGCCCAGGCGAGAAGAGGAUUAAAGGGCGCACAGGCUGGCCGCAGCAAGUCUGGGCGCUGGAGUUAAACCAGUGAGCCGAGGCCUGCGCCGAGGAUCCCGCCACA